GCUUUUGGUGUUUUUCCCCCCUCAAACUUUGAUCCCUCCGCUUCGUUCGCAAAAAAAAAGCGGCAUCUUUGCCUGUUCACAUCACUGUCGUUUAGCCGCAGAUUCUUCUGUUUUCCAUUUUUCUUCUUUUCUCCAUACAACUUCCGCUGUUAAAGCGCAACGACAGCGGCCAGGGAAGCACGGCAUUCGACAAGGAAUUGAAAUUCUCUGUCCUCUCUUUUUACUUUUCCUGUCCUGCGUGCGGCUAGCCCGUUUUUUUGCACGGUUUUAUUACUAUUGGCGUUCUCCCACCUUCUGAUUGGCGCCGCUUUCAUUGAAACUGUUUCUAUUAUAAUAAUUAUUUGUGUAAGCAGUGUUUUCUUUUACCUUUGUUUUCCGUCGUUCAUUUGCGCACCUCUGAGUCUAUCGCCUUAUCUAUAUUUAUUUAUGUUUACAUGCGCUUCUUACGUAGCUCUUCUAUACGCAAUCGGUCAUAUUCAUCCAUCGCUUUUCUUUCCUUCAUUUGUUUCAUCGCUCGUCAAAAGGAAAAAUAAACCCCGUGCUCCCCAUAGCACAAACGCACUAUACACACACACACACACACGCAACAAAAAUGUUUGGCCGGACCGCACAGACGCAGGAAGGGGACGCAGCCAGCGGCAAGGUCUACCCCUUCCGCGUAAGUGGCAAGAGCGCCGUCGUCAUGUCCGACUACCACAUCUGCAAGUAUGACGCCAUCCUCGGCGUGCUCGUCUGCAUCGGCGACGACGCUGACGUGCUGGUGCUCGGGAGAGAAAUGUGCCGCGAGCUGCUGCCGCUGCCGCGUGGGAUGCACUGGUUAGAUGCCUUUGUCUACACCGGCACCACGAGUUUCCUGGCGCUCUGCCCCGAGACUCUUCUCUGCAUGGACUACAGCGCUGGCGUGAGUGGCGACGGCGACAGUGCACUUCGCUGCGCUGGCCCCGGUGCGCAGUUCACCUGCCUGCACGUCGCCCAGGGACUGACCUGCGGGGUGGUGGGUCGGAAGGACGGGUGGGUCUCGUACUUCCGGCUUGACCCUGUGUCGAACAGCCCCGAGGUGCGGCCGCAGCUGCGCUGGACAGCGCUGGAAACCAAUGUGCUGAACUUCUGCCUCCCGUUUUGCGCAGCGCCGGGUGCGGUUCUCGACACCACGCCUGCCAGCCGCUCGAAGUUUUUUGCCGGUGGCUCCUUGCUGUCUAUUGACUCGUAUCCAAACAACCCCAAUGCCCUCAUCGGGGUGGUGGCGGGCGUGCCGGGCGUGUGCAAGUGGUACGUCGACGAAAACCGUCUCAGCUGCUUCUUCGACGCGCGCACCAUCGCCGACCAGCCGGAUGCGCUGCUCGCGACGUGCCGAGUCACCCCCGGUGGGGUCUACGUCGCCGCCGUCACCAUGCGCUGCACGAAGGUGUUGCUGUGGAACGAGAGCAAAAAGCGCCGGGACAAGGUGGCCGACCUGUACUGGGUGGUGGACCUCACCCAGCAGAUCACGCAGGGGGUGCCGAGCGUCCCUGGUGGUGGGAUGGAGGACGCGUUUGCAUACAACGAGUACCGCGUUGGCCUAAACAUGGCUCGCACCGCGCUCGAUGACAGCUUCCGCGCCACCAACGACAAGCACAGCCAGAUGUACCUCCUGUUGCAUGGCCAGCGCGACAUAUUGGAGGUGGUGGUCCGCCUCGACGACAAGCAGGUGAUGCGGCAGGACGCCAUUAUUGCUCACCUGAACGCGUACACCGCGCAGCACGGCGUGGAGGCGGCGCGGACCAAGAAGACGAGCAGCCCGACCGGAACCGGCGUGGCAAGCACGGUGGAGAACUAUUUCAACGUCUUCCAUGUGGAGCCGUGCGUCUUGUCGAACUACUGGACGAGUGGCUUGACCGAUGUAGACCUGGAGGCGCUUUUCGUCACCAGCGAAGACGGCCUCCGCCCCAUCCUGGCGAAGCGAAACCGCCAAACCGGCGGCAUCGAGAGCAUCCGCGAGCUGCGCGAGCUCAACGUGCAGGCGCCGUGGUACCCGCGCGCGCUGCUGCUGCGCCUGCCUGCGAACCAAAUCCGCGCCGUCUCCGAGGAGGCCCAGCGCACCGCGGUCGCUUCCAUUUGGGAGAAGAUGCUGCGUGGCGGCGACACGCUGUUGCGUCACGCGUUACCGGACGUGGAAGCGCGGGAGGAGACCAGCUCCGAUGUCGCGCAACUGUGGCGGCAGAGCGUGAUGGUGACCGUCACCGACGCCGCGCAGGCGGUCUGCCUCUCGCCGCAGUCGAACGAGGCCUUCAGCGUGAGCUCGCGUGCGCUGGUGAACUGCGUGCCAUGGUCAACGCUGGCGAUCGGCCAAGACCCGGAGGCGCUGGUGCUGGAGGCGGCGCUGCCCUCCCUCCGCUCCGUUUUUCUGCCGACGGAAAUUAUUCUUCGCGUGUACAGCACCGAGUCCAUCGUGACCGUCAUGAAGCACGACAUCCGUCGCAACACCGGCUCGCUGGCACUCGACCUGGACCGAGCCUCGCUGCAGCUCGACGGCCCAGGAGAGCCGAAGAGACGCAUGGUCCAGCAAGCCGUGCUCGUCAACGCGCGGCUUGAGCCGUCGAGGGUGACGAGCAAGGUGUCCGUCUUCAAGGAUGGCAAGUGCCUGCUGCUUCUGCUGGAGGACUCUUCUGUCGCGCUGGUGGACCUCGCCGGCAAAGGCGAUGACGGGCGGCCGUACAUGCUGCAGGUGCCCGCCGGCCUGCUGCCCGUUGGCGCCACCAUCGCCUCCCUCGAUGCGUUUUGGAUGGCGAACGCCGGCAACGCCGCCACCACGAACCUCACUGGGCUGCUCUGCCUUGCCUGCCUCUUCAAGGAUCAGAAGGGCUUUCUGCUGUGGAACUUGAGCGACAUGCGCAUGAUCACCUACUCUCACCCGGACUACGCAGCGGCGGCGACGCGGCUGGUGGUGACGGCCGCUGCCCAGCCUCCGCUGCCGAACCUGUCUGGCGAUGUGAAGACGUUCGACGUGACGCUCUCUGUCGCGGCGGCGAUGCAGACUGCUGGGGAGUAUGGCAGCCUCACCUUCUGCGAUGCCAUCGGCUCCGCGCUCUUCUCCCUCUCGCUGGCUUUCGGCGUUACGCAGUCGGCGGCACUGUGCUGGUGCUACCGCCAGAGCGUUGAAGAGGAAUGGGUGGCGCUGCCGCCGGCUGUCGCCGCAACGCGGCAGAUUGUGGUGCACUCGCAGGUGACCGGCAACGCGCUGGAGUGGUCCAUCGUCGUGGGCGGUACGACAGCCGCGACGGGCAGCAGCCCGCUCCAGGGCAGCAUCAUGAACGCCAAGACGAGCUGGACGUGUGGAAAGGCGAACCUUGCCUACGACACCGACGCCGGCGAGAUGCGCAACUACGAGAUCAGCCGCGACACCUCCGCCAACGACCGCAUUUCCCCGGCGCUCGCCUUUGUGGGGCCGCACGAGAUUGCGGUGGUGCAGGUGUCGGGCUUUUUCCCCGCAGCCAACUCGUCAACUUUAGCGAAGAGCAGCUCCGCGGCUGAUGCCGUGCCUGCGGCUGUCUGCCGGCUCGACCCGGCGCGUCGCCUGGAGCACUUCAGCGUCUACCACGGCCGCGGCGCGCUCAUCGUUGUGACGCGCGAUGCGAACGGGUGGCGGUGGGUGAACAUCCUCGACAGCCGGUCCGCGAAGCCGAUGAUGCAGCCGUACGCAACACUGGACUUUGUCGGUGAGGAAAAUGUCCAGGUGCUGCUGGUGGAGAUCGACAACGUGCUGCACCUCUACUUCCUCGGCUCGAACAGCGGCGUGGUGGGCCACUUCUUUGUGGAGGCGAAUUUGGGUGCGUCGAAGGAGAGUAGCGUGCGCAAGCACCCCUGCUUUCAAGACCCACGCUAUCACUUCACACCCAGCACGUUCCGCGGCUACGGCCGAUAUCUUCCGCCGGCGCCAACACUGAAGCAGGAGACCGGCUUCUUCAAGCGGCUCAUGACGCUGCCGUGGGAGGACAUCGCCCUCAAGCUCGAGUCCGAGACGUUGCGUGCGACCAAAGCGGCGGCGUCGCUACCACCAAGCGGAAGCGCUCCUGCGCCGCCUCCUUCAGUCAGCGCUGCCGCAGCUCGUCCGGCGCAGGCGAACCCGGAAGCAGAGCGCCAUGAGCUUCUCGGCUCUCGCACUAGCAACACGAGCGCCUCCGUCUCCGCACCGCCGACUGCAGCAGCGCGGCCCGGCGGCACCACCACGGCAGCGGCACCGCUUCCAGCGCCGGCUCUGUCAGGCAGCGCUCCUGCUGAGGAGCGGGGUGGCCGGUAUGUGCAGCUGAAGGCCAUUGCAGAAAGCCAGAACGUGAGUCUCACGGAGGCACGUCGUAUGAUGAGUGAGAACGUGCGCAAGUUGCAGGAGCGCGGCGAGCGGCUCAACGAGGUUGAGAACCGCUCCGCCGAACUCGCCCAGAACGCCCUGACGUUCCAAGACCUGGCGCGUCAGCUGAAGGAAAAGCAGCGCAGCAGCUGGCUGUAG